AUGGCCGACGACAACCAAAAUUGUUCAAGCAAAUUGAAAAAUAUGCACGAGGAGGUGGCGUAUCAGAAGAUCGAAGAAAAGAGUCACGAAUUUCUUCGUAAGCUGUAUCCGUUCAUCAGAGAUUAUCAAGGCCAACUUCCAAAUCUCAAAGACAUUUUUCAGCCCGGUGCAAUCGAUUGGCUUCUCGCAGAGUCUGUAAAGUCUGCUGACAGCGAAAUUGAACCAAAACCUCUGGUCGACUUUCUGAUAAGAACUGGCUACAAAGACGAGCCCAAAGUCGACAAAGAUGGAAAGCCUUUGCUGCAUCGCACCACAGCACUGACUCUUGCGGCUAGACACUGGCUGGUCCCUUACUGGAGUAUCGUGAUACCUGGCCUUUUUAAAAUAUACGACAGGUUCGACGUGAACUACACCGACGAAGCUGGAUACACGCAUUUUCACACGGCCUGCAAAUAUGGUUAUGAAGGCGUAGUUGAGAAAUUCCUCGAGCUCGGUCAGGAUCCCAAUUGCAUCGUAACAGAAACAGGUGAUUCGCCGCUGCACUUGGCUCUGACCUGGGGUAGCAACAAUUUGAUCGAAUGCCUGCUGAGAAAUGGCGCCAAUCCGAACUUGGCCAAUGCGAAAGGAACGACCCUUAUGCACAUCAUUUGUGCGGAAGGCGGAGACGACGCGGCGGUAAAGAAGAUAGUCGAGAUCAGCAACGAAUUAAAUCAGCCGUUUCAGGUCGACGCCCAGGACAAGCUAGGUAACACACCGUUACACUUGACUGUGUUCUGGUGUGACAAAAAUUCCAUCAAGUUUCUGCUGAGAAAUUGCGCCGAUCCAAACUUGGCCAAUGAGGAAGGAUCGACUUUUCUGCACGUUGUUAGCCAGAGUCGUCACGAUGACUACGACGUGUUAAACGUAUUCUUCGAGAUCACCGACGACGUGCGGCAGUCGGUGCAGAUCGAUGCUCGUGACAAGUUGGGCCGGACACCGUUGCAAUUAGCCGUGGCAAAUCUCAAUCCGAAUGUGAUCGAUAUACUCUUGGAUCGUGGCGCUGAUCUGUCCAGCUUCGUUUUUCCCACCGCGAGUUACUUUGGUACGAGUUUUGACCAGAUAGACGAUGUAGAUAACUGUUAUGAUAAUUUAAAAUUAAGAUUAACUUAUGGUGCUGUAAGCGUCGUCGAGCGAAUUAAAAAUAGAGGAUACGAUUUUGAUCGAAGCGAUGUCCGAACAAUCGUGAAAUUUUUUUCCAAGUAUGAAUUGUUCGAGAAGUCAGUGGAUCUUGGAAAAUGUUGGCGCGACGCGGAGGAUUUUGCGAUACAAGCGAAAAAAAUUAUGAUAAGAGAUAAAGAUCCGACUCUAUCGCUCUACGACGUGGUUCGAUUACGACCCGAACAGGCAGAAAAAUUACUUACGUUCACGGACCACUGCAAGUUUUGGCUUUUGAUAAAUUGGUGGGAUUUUCCCAAAUGGUUUAGAGAGGCUUGUACCGGGCCCUUGUGCGAGAUCAUGUUGAGAAGACUUUCUCGGCGCUGGGCCCUGGAUCCUAUCUUGGAGUUGACACACUACCGGCUGCCAAUUCUUUGCUGUGAAACGAUUAUCAAAAAUCUGAUGAAUGAAGAUUUAUGGAAUAUUUGCUUGGCGGCGACGAGCCAAAACUAA